GUGGUAACUACUUCCCCCCUUCUCUCUGUCCCCGUUCCCAUUUUUGAACCCUAAUUCCCCCUUUUCUCUCCCCUCCUCUCCUCAUAAAAAUAUUACUUUCUCCCCCUUCUUUUCCUGUUCCUCCUUUUCGUGCUACAAUUCCAACAACCAAAUACCUCUCCUCAUCAUUCCUUUUUUUAUACUCACACCCCCUAUCGUCGUAUAUCUCUCUCCAUCUAUCAAUCAACACCUCCGACCCCAAAGCCUCCAUCCUUCUUUUAUUCAUAAAUGAGAUGAGAAUAUAGUUGUUUUUAUGGUUUCUUUCUCCUUCUCUUCUUGUUGUCAUCCUGGUAGGAAGAAGAAGCGGCCAUCAUGAGACCCGGUCCGGCGCCCUUGCGGCCGGUUCAGGCGGGCACGACGAACCGGCCUCGGCGGCGGCCCGACCUGACCCUCCCCCUCCCGCGGCGCGACCCCUCCCUUGCCGUCCCACUUCCCCUGCCGCCUCCUUCCUCCUCCUCCUCCGCAUCCGCCACCCCGCCCACCGCCGCCCCCCAGCCCCCGGCACUCUCCGACCUCGAGCGCCUCCGCCGCGUCGGCAGCGGCACCGGCGGCAUCGUCUGGAUGGUCCGCCACCGCCCCACCGGCAGGAUCUACGCCCUCAAGGUCAUCUACGGCCACCACGAGGACGCCGUCCGCCGCCAGAUCUGGCGCGAGAUCGAGAUCCUCCGCACCGCCGACAACCCUUACGUUGUCCGCUGCCACGGCAUGUACGACGAGGCCGGCGAGAUCCAGGUCCUUCUCGAGUACAUGGACAGGGGCUCCCUCGACGGCCGCCGCAUCUCCAACGAGCGCUUCCUCGCGGAUGUCGCCCGGCAGGUGCUCACCGGAUUGGCCUACCUCCACCGCCAGCACAUCGUCCACCGUGACAUCAAGCCCUCCAACCUCCUCAUCAACGCCGCCCACCAGGUCAAGAUCGCCGACUUCGGCGUCGGUCGGAUCCUCGCCCAGACCAUGGACCCCUGCAACUCCUCCGUCGGGACCAUCGCCUACAUGAGCCCCGAGCGCAUCAACACCGACCUCAACGACGGCAUCUACGACGGCUACGCCGGCGACAUCUGGAGCUUCGGCCUCAGCAUCCUCGAGUUCUACCUCGGCCGCUUCCCCUUCGGCGAGAACCUCGGCCGCCAGGGCAACUGGGCCUCCCUCAUGUGCGCCAUCUGCUACUCCAACCCCCCGGAGGCGCCGUCCACCGCCUCGCCGGAGUUCCGGAGCUUCAUCGCCUGCUGCCUCCAGAAGGAUCCCGCCAGGCGGCCCGGCGCCCUCCAGCUCCUCCAGCACCCCUUCAUCACCCAGUCCCACCAUCACUCCUCUUCUUCCUCAAACUCCUCGUCUCACCCAUGAUAAAGAUCUACCAGCUUUUUUAAAAAAAAAAAAAAGAAGAAUUUUGGUUCCCAACUGAGUUCUAUCGUCUAUCCCAAAAAAAAAAAGAGAGAGAGAGAUUUUGAUGGGUGGUGAGGCAAAAGUUGUGUUUUUCCCCUCUUUUUAAUCGAAAGUUAGCUUUUUUUAUCUAUUUUUUCUUUCGAUUCAAGUCAGAGAGAGUAUCUGGCAGUUCCAAUCUUUUACCUCUUUUCCUUUUUUUUUUCGUUGGAUGGUGGUGGAGAUGAUGACUCUAAUGGUGGUGGUGGUGUUAGAGUCGGAGAUGGUCUGUGGCUUUUAUUGUAUUCUGUUCUCUGUGGAGGGAUUACCAUCAACUAUGGUGAUGGCAAACCAAAAUGAAGUGGGAUCAAUGCCUUUUUUUUUUUGGCUUCUGGAUCUCCCCCCUUUCUCUUUUUUUCUUUUUUUUGUCUUCGUAUCUUCUUACCUUACUGUUCUCACGUGCUUGGCUUUGGCUCGGAGUUUCUCACUCCUCUCUUUUCAUGGCUCUCCCUGGAAUCCUGGAUCGACUUUAGGCUUUGUUGUUGGGUAUCUCUUAACCAGCUCUUCACGAUAGGCAUACGUGCGAGGUACACUGGGGGGAAGAAGAGGAGAGUGAUCUACUGAUUGAGAGAGGAGGAAAGGGACAUGUGCAUGGAAAAUAGAUAUGUUUUAUGUAAAAAGAACGAACCAGCAUAGAGAGAGAAAAGAGACGGCAGCCUCCAUUAAUGGAUACAUGUGAUAGAAAGGAGAUUGGUACCAGAGCUCAUGCCUGCAAGCUUGCAGGAGACGGUGUGAUUUGGCAAGAAUGGUACAACAAAUAAGAUGGAGUUGCAUGUU